UAUGCACAUCCAACCAAUACCAUUUGCUCUUUCUCCUCACUCCGACUACGAUAAUUCCAUUUUCUUGGGAAAAUGAGUAAUUCAUUUUUAUUCUAAACGACUAAUUGUUGCAUCUCCGUUUGAGCCAGCCCUUCAUCAUUGACACCAUUGAAUUGCGUGUGUAAAGUUGUGGGUACAAGUUGUGAGGGCAAAUUAGUUAAACCUUUGUGCAAACUCUGUGGAUGAAGUUUACAAAGUUUUUUAGUGGAAUUAAGUGAAGAAAAAGAAUAAAAAAUGAGUGGAAAUCGCGAUAGAAUUCGCGAUCCAAGAGAAGAAAUUCUCUUGGAGACGAAUUUCGAUGAAGACGGUGCCCUAACGCGGGCCUACAACAAUAACAAUGGAAAUGGAACACGAAGGCAGAAUUCCAUGAGGUCCGAAUAUUCUGUAGAUCGAUAUUCAACAACCUCACUCCAUGGGAAUCGUCGUAAAGGUGAUUGCUGCAAAUCAUGCAUGACACGGAUCCCGUAUGCGACCCUUAUUGCCACGGUCAUGUGCCUCAUUGGAGUCGUUGUGUUCUGUGGCACAAUGUACCGGGGUACGAGUCUCACGGUAAUAAUGCUGGAUCAGGUGUUUCACAUUCGUUUGCUGUGGAUUGAGGCAGUGCAGUUGAUCUUUGUCGUCAUUGGGGCUUCCAUGGGUGCUCUGGGUUUUAUGAUUCUCUUCGUGGGAUUCCUCGCCACGGGCGCCACACGCUACAAAGUCUACCGUGCAUGGCGAUCACGUGUUGGUGGACGCAUUUCGUGUGCUGUCUUCAUGGGGAUUACGUAUAUUCUCAAUAUUAUUUGGAUCCUUAUUCUCUGCUUCCUGGCCAUUGUGACGUUUGUCUUUACAAUCUUCUGGCACAUGUGCUCAACGCCUGAUGUGCAAUCGCACAAAUCCUGCAUUGAUUUCACACAAUUCUACUUUAUGUUCCCCGAUGGGACGCCCCAGGAGCGCAUGAAGGUGUGCAAGGAGUUCGAAGUGAAAGCCUUCUGCAAGGAUUCCGUGGAGACGGCUGAAAUAAUGUUUAUACUGGCCUCUGUUUCGUGCCUCCUCAUUAUACUUAGCCUUGUUCACUAUCUCAUGUGCCUAGCCGCCAAUUAUGCCCACAUUCGGGAUCAUGAGAAAUUCCAAGAGUUGCAGGAGAUGCAAAAUCUCAAUGAUAUGGAAUACAGUGCAGCAAGUAAAGAGAGAUUCUAGGAUUCGGCCCGUUGGAAUUAUCCAGAGACAUUCAACUAUAUUUACGUAAAAAAGAAGCAUUUCAUAAAAAAGUACAUAAUAUACCUAACUUGUAGGACUUUUGCACAUUCCACGAAACAUUUCAUCCAUUUUUAUCAUAAACUAUUACAUAAAAAUAGUAUGUAUAAGAAGAAUUUGUCAUGAAUAGCAGUAUUUUUGUGGAAAUCAUACAAAAAAGCAUUAUAUAUAAAAAAAAAUCUAUAUAAGAUUCUCUUCGAGAGACACCCCAAAUGUGAACCGAUAUGAUCCUAAUAACUUACAAUAGCAAUUUAUCAUUAAAAAAAGGAAGAGCACAAAUUUUUCGAUGAAAAAGUGUUAGGAAGUAAGCAAAAGAAAAACUGCCCAAUUUUAUCCAUUAUAGUUGUAUGAGAAAAAAAAUGUAUUUUCCACAUUGAGACACACGAUGAAAUUGAAGACUUACCCCAUAUUUUAUUGAUGGAUGUAAUCAAAAAUGAUUUUGAGAAGAAAAAAAAAGAAGUAUUUAAUAAGUGUAGCUAUGUAAGAAGUUGUAUUAGAUUGAAAAUCUAAGUAAUUGAUGCAAUUUUACGUGGACAAUGAAGUAAAAAUGUAAGAUGGAUAAACCCCAAAAUGAUUUACAUGAAUUUAUUCAAUAAAUUUAUAUCCAAGA